UCCAAAUUCUUCUUGUCCCCCACCCCCCUUGAUAAUAUCAAUUCCAAAUUCUGGUAUCUCUGCUCAACAGGGAUUUGUAUCUUUAUUUUUUCUUCCCCAAUUCUCUUCUUUGUCACUGUCAUGUUCGUUUUCUUUGGCGUUUAGAAGUAAGACGGUGAUUGUAGUGACGAUGCAGAACUCGGAGUUGGUCGUUCUUCUCUAAUUCCUGAAUGUAAUGUUGAUAGAAAAGGAAAGACAGAGAGGAAAAUCAAGUGGAAUCAGAUGGCCUGCAGAGGUGUGUGCGAGGACUUAACUCCUUCGAAGCCUCUGUUCUUGACGGUCUACACUAUUGUGAUAAUUGGCGUCGUGGUUUCAUUCUUUUAUGUCUUCUCUGCCAUAUACUCAAGCAAGCCCACUGUUGAUUCUUCUGGCUGGUUCUCUUCUCCUUCUUCCUUACCUUCAGUUUCGCAUCAAACAAUCAACUUUUCUCUGGCAGAUGAAGGGCAUGCUAUGCCCACACAUGCCCUAGGUCCUCAAGGUGUAUGGAUUAAACCUGUAUGGGAAGUUCCAGCACACAAUAAGAAUAUGCCUCCUUUGGAGGCUUUCCAAUUAACGAAAGAAUUGGUUCAACAACGGGUGAAAGAUAAUAUUGUAAUUGUGACCUUUGGCAACUAUGCAUUCAUGGAUUUUAUUCUGACUUGGGUUAAACACUUGGCGGAUCUUGGACUUUCUAAUUUUCUUGUUGGUGCAAUGGACGCCAAAUUAUUGCAGGCAUUAUAUUGGAAAGGGGUACCUGUCUUUGACAUGGGCAGCCGUGUGAGUACAGAAGAUGUUGGUUGGGGGUCUCCAACAUUUCACAAAAUGGGGAGAGAAAAAGUUACUCUGAUAAACUCAAUACUGCCUUAUGGUUUUGAGCUGCUGAUGUGUGAUACUGACAUGGUUUGGUUGAAGAAUCCACUUCCAUAUAUUGCUCGUUAUGCAGACGCAGAUCUUCUAACGUCAAGUGAUCAAGUCAUACCAACAGUUAUUGAUGAUAGUCUGGAAAUUUGGCAAGAAGUUAAUGCUGCCUACAACAUAGGAAUAUUUCGUUGGAGGCCUACAGAGUCUGCAAAAAAAUUGGCAAAGGAAUGGAAAGAAAUGCUUCUAGAUAAUGACAAGAUAUGGGAUCAGAAUGGUUUUAAUGACAUUCUACACAGACAGUUAGGACCGUCUGUUGAUGAGGCCAUUAGACUUGUUUAUGCUUUUGAUGGAAAUCUGAAGUUGGGAAUUUUGCCUGCAAGUAUAUUUUGUAGUGGGCAUGCAUAUUUUGUGCAGGCUAUGCAUCAGCAACUCAGACUAGAGCCAUAUGCUGUGCACACAACAUUUCAAUAUGGAGGAACUGAAGGAAAGCGCCAUCGGCUUCGAGAGGCAAUGCUUUUCUAUGACCCACCAGAAUACUAUAAUCCACCUGGGGGUUUCUUGUCGUUUAAGCCAUCUAUUCCUAGGAGCUUGUUACUAAGUGGGAAGCAUACCAUUGAUUCACAUUUUUCUCUGAUCAAUUAUCAAAUAAAACUGAUAAGGACAGCACUUGCUAUUGCUUCUCUUCUGAGAAGAACUCUGGUCAUGCCUCCGCUAUGGUGCAGGUUAGAUAGGCUAUGGUUUCCACAUCCUGGUGUUUUGGAGGGAACUAUGACUAGGCAACCCUUUCUUUGCCCUUUGGAUCAUGUAUUUGAGGUGAAUGCCAUGUUGAAAGAACUUCCAGAGGAAGAGUUUGGCCCUGGAAUAAAUAUCAGAGAGUACUCAAUACUUGAAAAUCCCUCUCUGCCCGAAGAGGUAAAGAAGUCUUGGCUUGAUGUUCAUCUCUGUGAAGAAGGAAUACAUGAUUGUAAUGCAUCAAAUGAUUCUGCUGUUGGGGGAGUACUUAGAUUUCCAAGGCAUAGCGAUGAAGAAACGUUCAUCAAAGUAUUCUCGUCAUUCAAAGAUGUCAAAGUUAUCCAGUUCUCCUCGAUGCAAAAUGCUUUCACUGGUUUUGCUGAUAAGGAAAGGGAGGAGAGAUUCAGAAGACGUGUAAAGCGAUAUGUGGGCAUAUGGUGCUGUGUGCUCGAUCACAUUCCUGGUCACAUAUAUUAUGAUAUGUACUGGGACGAGAAACCUGGGUGGAAACCAAUCCCUCCUCCAACUUCUGAGGAUGAUCAUCCACCUUGGUGAGUUCUGACUCUAGGUCAAUAUUUGUUAAACCACCCUAAUGGAUGGGAUACUGUGAGAGAUUUUAAGUAAGAUGGUUUAGUUUUUCCUUUUUCUUUAAUCUUCAUUUUAUUUUUCACUUAACUGGCAGUCAAGAUGUGCUUAAAUAAGUGGAGAAUCUGUAUCAAUAUGGAGGAUUUAGGUUACUGUAAAGACGAGACAAUAUGAUUAUUGUUUAGCACUAGUAAAAUUUUUUGACUA